ACAGUGACGGAUGACAGUCAACUUUGAUUUUUAAAUUCUAAAUCAAAAAUUAUAAUUUGUAAAUAAAUUGUGGUUUGUGAGCUCGAUUUAUAAGUGAUUUAUAAGAAGUUUAAAAAUAUAUAACAUGACUCGGAGAAGUAGGCUAUUGUUUACUCUGAUACUUGUAAUCUGUUUGCCAAUAAUAACCAACCAGUUUGAUGUUGAUGAAGAAACAAUUGAUACAAUAGAGAAUGAAGAGGAACCGGAUAUUCCAAAUGUUGAUGAAUCAGAAUCAUUGCUUUCAAAUGUUGUUUCCGAUGUUAACAAAACAUUAACAAACCUCUACAACCAUGUAACAUCUGCAAAUGUCACUGCAGAAAACAGAACAAACACAGCAAACGAGACUCGGAAACUUGUUAAAUGCAAGGAGAUUUUAUAUGAAGGGACUGAAGAAAUAGAGGUGGAAAUUAUAAACGGAACACACUUAGCUAAGCUAUUGCAAGUGAAACCGGAUAUAACUAGUCGGGAUACAGAAGCCGAUUGUGUCUUAGUAUUAUUUUAUGCGAGAGCUUGUCCCUUUAGUGCUCAUGCUGCACCACAUUUCAAUGCUUUAGCCAGAUCUUAUCCUAAUAUAAAGAUGGUGGCAUUAGAUGCUUUAAAAUACCAUGGAAUUAAUGCUCAAUAUGGCAUAGUAGGUGUUCCAACUCUUAAAAUGUUCCAUAACGGUAGACCAGUUGGUAAAUUUAAUGGAACGGAAUACAAUAUCCAGUCGUUUAGUAAAUUUGUUCAUGCUAUCACUGGACAGUAUCCUUUAGAACUUUUGGUUACCUCUAAGGACUUCCAAGGCCCAGUUUCUAGUAUUGUAGAAAAAGAUACGGACUAUUUCUUAGUGUUGUCUUGGUUGUUCAUAAUAGUAUGUUCAAUAUACUAUUUUAUGCAGUCAAAAUGGUGGAACAUGAUAGUUGAGAUGGUUCAAAACAACUGGAGAGAAUCUGAGGCUCAACAUGAGCACAAUGACUAGUCUGAUAGACUGACAGUGUGAUAUGUACUAAGAUAAGG